ACAGACAAGAGACACCCUCGACCAGUUCCCGGACUCUACCCUAGGCUACUGCUGAGGACGUUCUAACAGGACAUGCCUCGAAGAGCGGAACAUGGGACCAACGAAUCCAAUUUAUUGCAAAGGAAAAGGUUGACAUUACACGUGAGUCAUUUGGAGAGGCAGAGGUGAAUAAACAAACGGAGCAGAUAAAGAUUAUCAUUACCAUGCCCUGUCUCCAUCGCCACUACCACAUUCGUUUAGCGUCUUUUUCAUUUUCUACACAGACGCAGAAUCGGUGGAAUUAUUGAUUAAGAGGAUUCCAAUGUGGACGGGAGAGGAGAGGAGACACUCGUGACAAUGAGAGUCACAUCAAUUUAGGAGCGGCCCUUCAGAAGAUAGCCGUUUAUAUGUGAAGGACAGAAAUGAAGUCGUCUCCAGGAUAGCGCUGUGAGCGAGUGCAUCCGAUCGGAGUUUGCUGGCGAUCUGCGGGACUGCUGCUCCCGGUAUUUGCGGCCAUGCUGCGGGAAGCAUCCUCCGAGCUCUUCACCGACUUGAGGGGCUUUUACCAGCCGAUUGUUAUUACAGUGAAUUCGUUAAAAUGAUUUCGUUGUCUUGAAGACGGCUAUUCCCGAGGCUUUUUUGCAAUAUUUGUUUCAUCGUUUGCUAAAGAACUCUGCGCAGAGAGAGCUGAUAAUAUUUCACAUAGCUCUGACAUUUGUAUCCUAACAAAAUCCUGUGGAAAACGUGUAAUUAUUUAUAGACUAUGUUCCGUGAAUUGCGGAACAAAAGUUUUGGGUUGUUUCCCGGGUUGGGUAGUGUAGGCCUAUGGGGUUAAGUGUUUCUCUGUUUGUGUUUAAAGUGGGCACGCAUAGCAGCCAAUUCGCGGGUUAUACAUUGUAUUCAAAUCUGAAUGAAUGUGUUGGAUGUUUCCCCUACUGGUAUUGCACUCUAACAGCUGGACAGUGUACUAUUCACGAGGGGACAGGUGUGUUGUCCAGAGAGUCAGGUGGAGAACGAACCCAGAGGUCCUAUCCACUUUAAGCCCUUUAUGGGGGGGGGGGUUAAUGUUUAGUGCAAAAAACAAAUAUUUUUAAUGCAAGUCAGCCUUGCAUGACUGCCUUGGGGAGCAAGUCAUUUCUUACAGCAGAUUCUAACAUCCGAACAUGGGCACCAAACAGACCAAAGGUGCCGGGUGCCAAGAGGCUGGGCCCAGCCCACAGCACGGGUGGAAACGGACCCCCACCAAGGAGAGGGGUGACAUCUUCACCUCCUUCAUGUUGAGGUCAGGCGACCGGCUGAGUCGUGGAGGGUCCCCUCCGCCCUAUCAGCGCCGGAUAGGCAUGAUCCAGGAGAUGAUGCUGAUGGCCAAGCAAGGAGAACAGGACAAGGCCACAGAGAUGCUGCAGACACUCCGGCAGGACUUGGGGAUGGAGUCCACGUCUCUGGAUGACGUGCUGUACCGCUACGCCAGCUUCAGGAACCUGGUGGACCCCAUCACCCACGACCUCGUCAUCAGCCUGGCCAGAUACAUCCAGUGCCCCCCCAAGACCGGCCCGGGGGAGGAUUCUCUGGGAGCCAUGGAGAAGGUGUGUCGCCAGCUGACCUAUCACCUGAGCCCACACUCACAGUGGAGACGGCAGGGCAUACUGAAGAGGAAGCCGCUGGCAUGUCUCAAGGUCAUGCUGUCGACCCCUCCCCCUAACGGGACGCUGGACCUUUCGGGCAUCCCCCUGACGGUGCGUGACAUGGAGCGCCUUUGUGCCUACCUGCAGCGCCACGCGCCCAUCAUCUGCAGCCUGGAGCUGGGCUUCACCGAGCUCACCGACGACGCCUUCCUCCUCCUCCUGCCCACGCUGGCCGCCCUGCCCCGCCUGGAGACCCUGGCCCUCAACGGCAACCGGCUGACCCGUGCCGUCCUCAAGGAGCUGACGGACAGCCUGAAGGACCCGGCUAGCUUCCCCAGUGUCACGUGGAUCGACCUGGGCAACAAUGUGGACAUCUUCUCCCUGCCCCAGCCCUUCCUGGUGAGUCUGAGGAAGCGCUGCCCCAAGCAGGGCAACCUGCCCACCAUCCUGGAGUUUGGUGAGAGCCAGGCCAGCGAGCCCGAGGGGAGGGUGGGGGAUGAUGACGAUGACAGGGAUGACACCAACAGGACAGUGAGCAUGGAUGAACUGAGGUCGGAGGUGGAGGGAGAGAUGGAGAUUGAGGAGAUGAUGGAAGAGUUGUUGGACUUUGACCUGGAGGUGCAGGGGAAGGAGAACGAGAUAGAGGACAGCAUGUGGACAAUGGAGGAGCAGAGGAGGGAGGGACAGAGGAAGGAGGAGACACGGGGACAGGGAAUUAGGAAGAUGGUGGAGAGGGCGGAGCUAGAGGAGGAAGACACAGAGAGUGAGUCCUCCCACUUGUCGGGCUCCAGCCACUCGCAGCAUUCCUCAAGAGUGGUUGAUCUAAUGAAGGAGGAUGGAGAGAAGGGGACUGAUCACGUAGACCACCUAACCUGAGCAAGAACCCCGGUCCACUCUGCUUGUAACUUCCCCUCCCACGUUUUGUCUAGAAGGAGAAGAGAGCAGUACCAGCAAACAGUGAACGUUGCUAUAACGUUAGAUAACGCCAUUGGAACGCAUUGGUAACCGGAACUUGUUUUCUGGGUUGGACAUCUGGGGGAGGGACUCUGUCAUCUCAACCUACUGGAAUGGAUCCGGAAUAACCAACUGAUCUGGGUGGACUGUUCGUCCACGGAUGUACAGUUUAGGGAGAUGACAAUCCAGGUUGAAAGAGGAGGAGGUUUGUGAUAACUCUUAUUGUUGUUUCAUUAUGAAUUAGGAUUACAAUCCUCUGUAGUAAAGAGUAAUAGACAUAUUAUAUAUCAAAUGUAGAAAAUAUUGACCUUUUCGAAUGUACAUGUGAGUAUGUCAAUGCUGGCACGUAUGAGAUGUUUCGUUCAGGUUUUACUCCCUGCUCAUCCUGUCCUAUAGAUGGAUGAAUGCCUAUGUGCCUGUCACUUGUUCCCCUCUUGGUGGAGAGACAGUGUAUAUCAGAGAGAGAGACAGCCAGACGACUGAUGAAUGGACGGACGGACAGACAGACGGGUAGGUAGGAAAGCAGAAGAAGAGCGGUAGACACAGACUGCUUUGGUGUGUGAACAAGAUUGCAUCUUUCUCUCUGAUACUACAGUAUGUCUGUCUGUCUGUAUCUCUCUGACCAGCGCUCUCUUCACCAAUCCUAACUACCCAUUUUAAAAAAUGCAUAUGCAUGCUCCAGUGUGUCGAUUUUUUGAAUAUGAAAGGAAAAGAUGCUGACUAUAAGGUUCAUGAUUGUAAAGCAUGUGAGGGGGGAGUUUGUUGCUGUGAGGAAAAGCAAUGUUUUGGCUAAGGAAUAUGGCUUAAGCACUAUGGUGUCAGGAGAUACGGUGACAGGAAAUAUGGUGACAGGAGAUAUGGUGACAGGAGCUAUGGUGACAGGAGAUACGGUGACAGGAGCUACGCUAUGGUGACAGGAGCUACGCUAUGGUGACAGGAGCUACGCUAUGGUGACAGGAGCUACGCUAUGGUGACAGGAGCUAUGGUGACAGGAGCUACGGUGACAGGAGCUACGGUGACAGGAGCUACGGUGACAGGAGCUACGGUGACAGGAGAUACGGUGACAGGAGCUACGGUGACCGGAGAUAUGGUGACAGGAACUACAGUGUCAGGAGCUACGGUGUCAGGAGCUACGGUGACAGGAGAUAUGGUGACAGGAGCUAUGGUGACAGGAGAUACGGUGACAGGAGAUAUGGUGACAGGAGCUACGGUGACAGGAGCUACGGUGACAGGAGAUACGGUGACAGGAGCUACGCUAUGGUGACAGGAGCUACGCUAUGGUGACAGGAGCUACGCUAUGGUGACAGGAGCUACGGUGACAGGAGCUACGGUGACAGGAGCUACGGUGACAGGAGCUACGGUGACAGGAGAUACGGUGACAGGAGCUACGGUGACAGGAGCUACGGUGACCGGAGAUAUGGUGACCGGAGCUACGGUGACAGGAGCUACGGUGACAGGAGCUAUGGUGACAGGAGAUACGGUGACAGGAGCUACGCUAUGGUGACAGGAGCUACGCUAUGGUGACAGGAGCUACGCUAUGGUGACAGGAGCUACGCUAUGGUGACAGGAGCUACGGUGACAGGAGCUACGGUGACAGGAGAUACGGUGACAGGAGCUACGGUGACCGGAGAUAUGGUGACAGGAGCUACUGUAACAGGAGAUAUGGUGACAGGAACUACUGUAACAGGAGAUAUGGUGAAAGGAACUACUGUAACAGGAGAUAUGGUGACAGGAGCUACUGUAACAGGAGAUAUGGUGAAAGGAACUACUGUAACAGGAGAUAUGGUGAAAGGAACUACUGUAACAGGAGAUAUGGUGAAAGGAGCUACUGUAACAGGAGCUACGGUGACAGGAGCUACGGUGACAGGAGAUACUGUAACAGGAGAUAUGGUAACAGGAGCUACUGUAACAGGAGAUACGGUGACAGGAGCUACUGUAACAGGAGAUAUGGUAACAGGAGCUACUGUAACAGGAGAUAUGGUGACAGGAGCUACGGUAACAGGAGAUAUGGUGACAGGAGCUACGGUAACAGGAGAUAUGGUGACAGGAGCUACGGUAACAGGAGAUAUGGUGACAGGAGCUACGGUAACAGGAGAUACGGUGACAGGAGCUACGGUAACAGGAGAUAUGGUGACAGGAGCUACUGUAACAGGAGAUGCGGUGACAGUUGUGGUGAAUAGAAUAAUUCAAUCAAGAUAUUAUGUAGUUCAGAGCAAAGUGCUGAAUGACAAUCUUUAGUAGCCUCGUCUUUUUCCCUGCCAGUCAUGUAGAGUGAACGUAUCACUUAUCACCAUCGUAUCAAAACUUUAAUAGUAUUUUGUUGUGUGGUUACAACAAUGCCAUCUUACAGGGACUGUCUCUGGGCUACAGCUAUAGAACACGCCCUCAUUCUCAGUAACUAUGUAGCUCUCGCACGGCACAUGUUUUCCCAUUUGUAACAACAGUCUAAUCAAACGCUUUGAGAAUUAGGACUAUGCGCUUCAUCUUCUUUGUUAAUUGUGUAUAUGAGGUACCUGAUGCCUUUAAGGGCAGUGACAUGGGGUUAUGUGUCAGCUGAGGGGAUUGCAAUAGGGUCCAGAGGUUCAACGUCAGUUCUCAGAAGUGUAAUUCCUCAACACUAUUAUCACCCCCCCCCGCCCCAACAAAGAUAGAUGUAUGUGCUGAUAGUGUGCCUGUUAUACUGUAUUCAAAUGAGAAGACCGUGGAUAUACUGUAUCUUAACAGACCAAUUAGAACCACAAUUUCCAGGGUCUCAUGUCCAGAACUCGAUCCACCAUUGCACACUGUUGCCUCGCAAGCACUUCCUGAAGCGUGUAUUCUGUUCUCAGGUCUACUCCUAUCUGAGACAUGUCUUGUUCACGUCUUUCUUCGUCCGGAGACGGUCCAGUUGAACACAGGGUUGUGUGUAUGUGGGUCUAUAGGAGAUGUAACAGACGGGUACACUGUCUGUAUUUGCACGGUGUCCCACUGUGUGUCUCUGAUAGAUUUCCCUGUGAGAGUGCUUUGUCUGUCUGGGUGCAGUCUCUUGUGUCUCUGAUAGAUUUCCCUGUGAGAGUGCUUUGUCUGUCUGGGUGCAGUCUCUUGUGUCUCUGAUAGAUUUCCCUGUGAGAGUGCUUUGUCUGUCUGGGUGCAGUCUCUUGUGUCUCUGAUAGAUUUCCCUGUGAGAGUGCUUUGUCUGUCUGGGUGCAGUCUCUUGUGUCUCUGAUAGAUUUCCCUGUGAGAGUGCUUUGUCUGUCUGGGUGCAGUCUCUUGUGUCUCUGAUAUAUUUCCCUGUGAGAGUGCUUUGUCUGUCUGGGUGCAGUCUCUUGUGUCUCUGAUAGAUUUCCCUGUGAGAGUGCUUUGUCUGUCUGGGUGCAGUCUCUUGUGUCUCUGAUAGAUUUCCCUGUGAGAGUGCUUUGUCUGUCUGGGUGCAGUCUCUUGUGUCUCUGAUAGAUUUCCUUGUGAGAGUGCUUUGUCUGUCUGGGUGCAGUCUCUUGUGGCUCUGAUAGCUUUCUCUGUGAGAGUGCUUUGUCUGUCUGGGUGCAGUCUCUUAUGUCUCGAUGGAUUUCUCUGUGAGAGUACUUUGUCUGUCUGGGUGCAGUCUCUUGUGUCUCUGAUAGAUUUCUCUGUGAGAGUGCUUUGUCUGUCUGGGUGCAGUCUUUUAUGUCUCGAUGGAUUUCUCUGUGAGAGUGCUUUGUCUGUCUGGGUGCAGUCUCUUGUGUCUCGAUGGCUGGUUUUGGGAAUAAAGACUCUACUGGAGGAUGUUUCGUUGGAACUCAGUCCAUAUCUGUCAUAUUGAGAAGAUGUGACAAUGCAGUUUGUUUCUUUGUAUACUUGAAUGUUUGGGCAUCUCUGGCACCUCUCUCGUCACUGCCCACAGCGCUGCGAUUUCCCCUCCCAAACCAGUGGAUGAUUAUUAGUGGAAUAUGAAAACAAAAUAAGCAAAAUGUGCCUGAGUUAAUGGA